AUGACAGCGUUGGCAGCAGCGUUGGGUCCGUGGCUGAACGCUUGGGGGUUGUCCCGACUGCCGAAACUGUUUGCAUGUUUGCCGCACAUGCAACGGGUUGUGAUGUUGGUGGCUAUUUGGAACAAUCGACUUGACGUCGUCCAGUACCUGCACAAGACAGUUGGCCUCGAGUGGUUCCAAGGUGACAAGCUGUUGGACGUAGCCGCCCGCUGUAACCACUUGGGGAUGGUGCUAUACCUGCAUGAACAUGGAUGUGGUGGAUGCACCGCCGAUGCCAUGGACGCCGCAGCUGGCAACGGCAACUUGGCGAUCGUCCGGUACUUGCACCAACACCGUGGGGAAGGCGGGACGAAGCACGGGUGUUUUGAAUCAGCGAAGAAUGGCCAUUUGGACGUGCUAACGUAUCUCAAUCAACAUGUCACAGCCAUCGACCACAACGACGAGGGGUGGAUUAAUGUGUUUGACGAGGUGGCAACGAAUGGACAUUUGGAAACUGUGCAAUACCUGCAUCCGUACGUCGAGAAAUGCACCUCAAGUGCCAUGGACGAUGCAGCGAAGAAUGGUCAUUUGGAUGUUGUCCAAUGGCUUCAUGUCAACCGCCACGAAGGAUGCUCCUACGAAGCCAUGGUGUCGCUGGCGUCAGGCUUGGACAAAACCCUCUCCUUGGUUUUGCGAAGCACUCAUUGA